AGGAUUGAACAAAAAACAUGGACGAUGGGUUGACAAAUAGCACAGGGCCAUUGUCGAUCUAGUCGCUUCCACAGUCAUGAUAGAGACUGCAGGAUAAAAACAGGAGUUGUGGAAAUGGCCAUUAACCAUGCUGCAUUUAUUCUUGUGUUCCUGUGUUUGCACCGGCCGUCAGAAACAGCCUCCUUCUAUGGGGACAGCCAUGUGAGCCUUCCAUUCUCUGAUGCUUCGUCAUCAACGGCUGUGCAGCUGCGGUUUAAGACUCGGCGGCCUGAUGGGCUCCUCCUGCUGGCGGCCGGUACCAUGGACUACCUAUCUGUCUCUCUCAGUGGUGGGGUGGUGCAGCUGCAAGCAGACUUUGGCUCAGGAGAAAUUAUCCUAAACUCUAGUCCUGAUGUGCGAUUGGAUGACGGGAGAUGGCACCAAGUCAGGGUCACCAGGAGCAAUGCAGUCAACACACUACAAGUGGAUACCGACAACAAACUAAGUGCUGUCAGCCCCGGGCAGUUAUUUGAACUAAACAUACAAAAUGCAAUUUAUUUAGGAGGAACUGGUGGUUUCCAAUCCCCAUCCGGCAUCGAAUAUAAAUAUUUCCGUGGGUGUAUGAGCAAUGUCAUGUUCAAUCGUUACAAUAUCAUCAGUGCGGCUCAGAUGUUACAAGGUAUGGAAAAGACCUUCAAAGUGUCAUGGGAUUGUGAUGAAGAGUUUGAUGCCACUGUUACUGAUCCAAUCAGCUUAACAACAAACUUUUCAUUUGUUGCAUUUCCACAUUUACGUGCCAUUUCUCAAGGCUCUCUUACCUUUGAAUUAAAGACCAUGUCCCAUACAUCAUUGCUGGUGUUCAGCAGUGGUCACGGGUCCUCCAGUACUAGCCUGGUGGCAAUUGAACUAGUGGAGAGACACAUCCAGUUAGUUGUGGACCGUGGCGAAGGGGAGGUAACUGUGAAGAGUGAUAAUCUUGUUAGUGAUGGUAGAUGGCAUCAGGUCCAGGUACGAUUCUACGCUGAUCAUGUUAUACUGCUGGUUGAUGGUGAAGAAGACAGAGGUGACUUCCAGUCAGGCAGAAAAAACCAUUUCUCCCUUAGAGGUCACUUGUUCAUGGGGGGAGUGGGAUUACACGGAACAGAGAAAGCCAUCAGACGGAAUCUCAAAUCUGUUCAGGGAGAUAAAGUCAGCUCUACACUGGGUUGUAUCAGAAACAUCCACGUUAACUCUCGUCCACUUGGAUUUCCACACAUCCAAAUAAGCGAGAGUGUGUCCAGCAUUUGUGAAUGGACGUUCCCAUGUGCUGAUGACCCCUGCUCUCCACAGGAGACAUGUGAGGAAGAAGGCAACACAUUCCGAUGUUCUUGUGAUGGGGACAGCUGUCACGGGGGAUUAGGGAAGGUCCCUUCACAGCAGGACUCUACAGCAGACCCAAGGAGGGGUUCAAAUGAAAGGGUGAAGUUGGUAACUGUUCAGGCUUUGGAGGUCAAGGAGGGGUCACAACAGGUCAUCACCACAGAUAACAUCAACGUUGUGUUUAAUCACAGAUCUUAUGGUAUUCGUGAAUCUGCAAUCCAGUUCAAUAUUGUCACUGAGCCUAGUAAUGGCAGAAUAGAGAACACUUUAGGACGACGAAGAAACAGUAAUGUUUUCACCCUACUUGAUCUUCAAGGAAGUAAGAUUUUUUAUCAACAUGAAGGAUCGGAGUUGCCAGCUGAUGAAGUGAUUUUAGAGAUGGACGUUAUAGCUGACAAUGAAAACAUUCCAGAGGAAUUAGUUAGAAGAUUUGCUUUUGUUCUGCCGAUAAUAAUAAUACCAGUACCCGAUCCACCAGUGUUAACAAUUCUUAACAAUGGCCUUAUAAAAUUAGUUAAAACUACAAAAAUUCCUGUGUCUGACACCAUGUUGAUGGUAGAUGAUCCAGACUCGGAGCCUAGCGACCUUGUAUACACGGUAAUGUGUACUACCAAUUCACAGGGUUUCUUUGAGAGAUACAGCGAUCCUGACCAGAGAAUCACUACAUUCACACAACAGGAAGUUAUAGAUAACAUGAUCUGGUUUGCCAAUAAAGGGGAGUCACUCACUUCUUGUGUCAUGAGUUUGACAGAUGGCGCUAACAUCCUCAAAGACAUUGCCAUAGAGAUGAAAGGGGUCACUCUUUCAAUACAACGGACAGUCAGUGAGGGAGCCAGACUGGUGCAUGGCAGUUUUGUUGUGUUCAGUCAGGAAAAUUUACUUGUUGAGACUAAUGUACCAACUCAGGAUCUGGAUAUACAGUAUGAAGUAACCCAACACCCAUCUUAUGGACAGAUACAACGACUGCAAUUAACUGAUGAACGUUGGGUUCCUGUCAGUACAUUUGCCCAACGCCACAUCAACAAAGGCCAAGUGAGGUACAUACACACAGACUUAACCAAUCUAAGGGGAUCAGACCAGUUUGCCUACAUCGUGUCCUGCAUGGAUCAGCAAAUUAGACAACAGAUAUUCACAAUCGAACUGGAGUCUGUAAGCAUUGACGUGGUCACCUCGGAUACUAUCAGAAUCGUCAAGGGUAACCACAAAAGGAUAACAUCUAAUGAACUUUGGGUUUUGACAAACAACGAGAAUGUGGCACAGAAUGAGAUCACUUUUACACUUCUUCGUGCUCCGAUUCAUGGCCAUCUGUACAAAGCACCUGACAGCAUGCCACUUUCACGGGUCUUGUCAAACACAGAACCACUGCAUAAGAGCAGUGUGUUUACACUUUUGGACAUAGAGAAAGGUGGUUUGGUCUACCAGCUUUCUCGUAACUACUACAGUAGCAGACACGACUUUAUGGACCUCAAGAUAGCUGCUCCAGGUGCUCGACCAAAAAUAAAGCGGUUUCAUAUGGAAUUUGUACCUGAGGAACAGGAAGUUAGAUUUGUUAUCAAUCGCCUGGAAGAUGUGAUAGAAGGAGGGCAGCGAGCGAUAGAACGCAGUCACCUAUAUCUAGAAACCAUGGACUAUCGGGAAUUUGAAUAUACUAUCGUCAGGUUCCCCAAACAUGGUGUACUGCAGAUCGUGGACCCUCAUUCAACUGCAGUUAUGAAGUCCAACAUAUCCAGGUUUACCAAUGAAGAUGUCAGAAAUCUGAAAUUAGUUUACAAGCACGAUGACUCCGAAACAAAUACAGACUCUUUUACAUUUACCGCCCUACCAAUAAUAAAAAAUCUUAACCAGCUACCAACACAAGUCAACGAGAUAUCGGAUACUUUGGAGAUUAACAUCAUGAUGAGGAAUGACAACCCCCCUGUCAGGCUGGUGGAUAAAGUGUUGGGAGUGGUCACUAACCAAGAGAAGGUCAUAACAUUGGACGACCUUGCCUUUACUGACCCAGACAUUGACUAUGACACUGACCAGCUCAUGUACACGCGACGAGGAAUCCCAAACGGAGAAAUUGUAUACACAUCAAACAAAACAAAGACAUACCAGUUCUCCCAGAAGGACAUCAAGGAUGGACUGAUAACGUUCCAGCACUCUGGCGACCCCUAUGGUAGGACAGUCAUUUGGGUUAGUGAUGGUCAGUAUUACACCACAAGCUUGCUGGAGAUCCAGGCGUCUCCUCCAGAAAUUAGUCUGACCAGAAACACAGGUCUACUCGUUAACAAUGGCCAGGCCAUGCCAAUCACCACUCAAAAUCUAAGUGUAGAGACCAACGUUAACAUUGCCCCAGCCAGCAUCAGAUUUGUCAUGAUCGAGGAGCCUUUACAUGGUCGGUUGACUAUUGCCAGACAGGAGAUCACAGAGUUUACCCUUGAGGAUCUGAUCAAUGGUAGGGUUAUGUACAAUCACAGGGGUGGAAGUUCAAGUGAGGACAUGUUUAAAUUUGCAGCUGUUGCUGGAAAUGUCCAAGUGCAGGGCCUGUUUGCAAUUCGUGUCUAUACCAAGACAAGACAACACCCACCAAGGAUUGUCCAUAAUGAAAUCCUGGAGGUGAUGGAGACAGGCAUUGCCACUAUAACUCAAUCCGUCCUCCUGGCCAGUCACACAGACAGCCUUCCAUCAAUGAUCGUAUUUGUUGUCAAGAAAACUCCCAAAUAUGGAGAACUGCUGGUUGAUGGCCGGUCAGAUAUGACUUCGUUUACACAGGCAGAUGUCAAUAAUGGCGUUGUUAAGUAUAGUCAUUCUAGAGCAGGACUAGAACAGGACUCCUUUAUGUUUGAAGUCACCAAUGGAAUCCAGACACUUCGAGGCUUGGAGUUCAUUAUACAGGCGAUUCCUACAACAUUGCAUCUUAAUGUACAAAACCUAACAGUACGGGAGGGAGGCAGGAAAGUUCUGACUCCGUCCAUGCUGAGACUUCAAGGUCGCUACUAUGAUGGUAAGGAUACUGUGUAUGAUAUCAUAAAACAGCCUAGCCAAGGUUGGGUGGAACAUGUUAGAGCUAGAGGACAGCGACAAAGAUUGACAUCAUUCUCUUCAGAUGAUCUACAACAAGGUGCCAUUUUCUUUGUUCAUGACAACGGAGAGAUGUCAUCAGAUCAGAUGACUGUGAAGGCCAGGAUAGAGGACGAAGGGAAGGAAAGCAAUCCAGCCAUAAUGUUUGUCAUGGUUGAUACUAUCAACGAUCAGAGUCCACGAAUAGUGGUUAACAGUGGGUUGGACGUGUGGCGUCGCUCCAUUACCGUCAUAACACCAGAGGUGCUGCAGGCUGAGGAUGUAGACACAGAGCCAGACUUUCUCACUUACAGCAUAACACAGCCAACCAACGGUCGUGUAGCCCUGCUCAAUAACACCUACAGGCCUAUCACCAGAUUUACUCAGGCCCAACUUAAUGCUGGGCAGGUUGUAUUCGAACACAAAGGGGAGAAUCUUGGUGGAUUUGACUUCCAUAUUAGUGAUGGUGUUAAUGGCAACAGUCGGCCGAGAAGAUUUGAGGUGCGAGCCCGGUCCCUAAUGUUGGAACUGGUGUGGAACAGACAACUCAAUAUUUAUCCUGGUCAGACAAAACAGAUCACUCAAGAGCACCUGUAUGCUCGUACAAACGACCCUCACCAGGAGCGCCCAAUCUUAUAUAACCUGGCAUCGCGGCCACGAAAGGGACGCAUAGUGACAAUGUUUAAGGAUCGUGCUGUGGAAGUACAGUCGUUCCAACAGGAGGACAUAAACAAUGGAAACAUCUACUACGAACACACCAGUACUGUGUAUGGCUGGUCACAGGUGGACCUCUUCUUCUUUGAAGUCUCAACUCUCUAUGCAGACACCCUUUCUGAUGAGAUGUUUGACAUCAGUGUGUCGUAUCGACACCUGGCAGAAGGGGAGAUAAGUGAUCUUAUUCAAGUCAGUGACAUAGUUGUAGGGGAAGGACAGACAGUGGCUUUAGAGCGGGACAACCUUGAUGUCUCAAGCUACCUGCAACAGCUACAGCAUGAUGGCAGGCGAGCUUCAAUAGUGUAUGUACUGGAUGAUCUACCACAGCAUGGUAGCCUGGAGAUGGAUAAUCAGCCACUAAGGAGGGGUCAAAUAUUUCAACAGGAGAAAAUUGACUCUCGAAAAAUAACAUACAAUCAUGAUAACUCAGACACUUUAUUAGACUCUUUCACUGUGAUAUUAAACAUUAAAAAUCUGGACGAGGAAGACCGUCGAACUGAUGAAGAGAUCAGUUUGACUGUAAACAUAACAAUCGAGCCGUUGAAUGAUGAAAACUUUGAGGUGAUAACACGUGAGCCAGAAAUCAGUGUGGUACAGGGCCUUCAAGCCUACAUCACCAGCGAUGACCUCAAGACUAUUGACCCGGACACUCCACCACAGGAAAUUGUUUACGAUGUGACAGCACCCCCUCAGAAUGGAUUCAUUUCCAACAUAGGCUCCUCAAACUCGCCAAUCUCAAGAUUUUCACAAAAGGAUGUGGAUGACAGGAGGAUAAUUUUUAAUCAUGAUGGUAGUGGUGGUAGUUCUAGCUUUAGAUUACGUGUGUCAGAUGGAGCUUUCCCAGCCAUGUCUAAAGUGUUUCUUGUAAAUGUUAUACCGAUGUCGUUAGACUUUGUUGGAAACAAGACUGCUUGGUUACUACAGGGACAAAGCCAGGUGAGAUUGGAUGGAGAUGUGAUCAACAUCAGGACUAAUGGUAUACGUAAUAAUGUCAUGUUUAAUGUUACAAAACAGCCAAUGUAUGGAGAGCUCUACAAAGGGCAGACAAUCUCUUUGUCCCAGUUUAGUCAGAUAGAUGUGGACAGUAAUCUGCUUGGGUACAUACAGCAGGAUAUGUCAUCACACAUGGACUAUUUAAUGUGUGAUGUGUAUUACUCCAACACUGCACUGCUGUUACGUAGCCAGCGACUCACCAUCAUGGUGAAGCCCCUUGUCCGACAGAGACCUCUAGCGGUCCGUCCAGGAACUAUACCAAGGAUCACACUCAAUAUUCUGGAUGCGAGUGAGUUAGCUAAUAAAACCAACAGUAAUCCUCACUAUGAAGUGAUUGAUGCUCCACGUUAUGGGAAACUUUUAUAUCAUAUGCGGAGUAAGCGUGAUACGAGUGAGAGUGAACUGUUCUCUUCAAUAGAUAGUUUUACACACGAGGAUGUGGCAUCCGAGAAAGUGCUGUACCAGCCUGACAAUGGUGCAGGCAAAGGCUGGGAUCAGGAUAGCUUCUCCUUCCUACUGACCGCUCCCAGUGUCCAGCCAGCCAAGGGUACCUUCCACAUAGACAUUCAUACUUCUACCGGGAAGGUUCCUCUGACUGGGAGUGUGACUGUUACCCCCCGUAGUCCCAAUGUGGACAAUGGCACAGACAGUGGAGUCACACCGAAACAGCUCGAGGUGGUCAGCCCUAAUGUCAGCAAUGACUUCGUGAUUGUUAUAGCCAUACUCAUCCCACUUUUAGUGCUUAUAGUAAUUGUUGUAGUCAUUGUUAUUGUUUUGUGGAGAAAAAGACACGAAGGAGACUACUUACCAGGUGCUCAAAAAUAUCUGCGGCCCUACAAUACGGGGUCAAUGCACCAAAUAGAUCAGCCCCAUGUUCACAUAGCCCCGCAGUCCCAGUCGGCUGAGGAGCAGGCCAAACCUGCACAGAGCUACUACAAUGUCCCAAUGGUGAAUGUGCCAUCUGGAGAUCACACUUACAAUGGGUACAGUCACUCAGAGUUAUCUCCCCAUGACUGGGAGUUACAGGCACCCUUGUUGGACUCCAGUAGGACUGAGGUUAGCCCCACAGUGCCCGAGUGUAAGGUGACUCCUCUUGGUAAUGAAGACGAAAAUGUAUCUCCUGAGCCGAGUGUAACAGACAAGUCAACAACAAGUCUAGACCUGUACAAUUGGUCUUUAUCAGACCCCGAGUUUAUACAGCACUGUCGUACAACUACGCCCGUCCUCAGAGAGAACCAGUACUGGGUCUGAUUGCUGGGCGAGUAUAGUCUGUGAGAACUUGUCUGCUUCAUCUUUUUGAUAUUUAUAUACGUGUUUAACAGGAAUUUGUAUUUUAUACAUCUAUGUGUAAUUUGAAAUGAAAAAUGACUUUUAUUUCUGAAAACGAAUCUUCAAAUUUUCAUUGUUGUUUUGUUGAAGUACAACUCUGAACUGCAAUAACAAUGUUUAAUAUGAUUUUAUACUUCGGUCAAUACAUUAUUACCCUGAAUUGAUGAAAUGCUAGAAGGGUAUUUUUGGUACACUGCCCCAUUUUUCCUGAUGUUUACACAUAUGUGUAUAAUUCACAAUCCUACCAAUAUUAAUGCUAUUGCCUACUGUCUGAUAUUUUCAGUAUGAUUAUCAUUACAACAUACAUCCCUGUUCUCAACUUGUCUACAUAAUAAAUUACUGACAUUAACAUACCUGUCAAGAAAUCAAAACAAGAAAACUGGAGAUUACUUUUGUUUAGAAGGCCUUCAAACACUUGAGAUUAUUGGUUUAUAUUAUUUACUGUAUUUAUCCUCAAAUAAGCCCCCUCCCUAAUGUAAAAGUCAAGUACCGUAUUUGUACUUAUCCACAAGUAGUAAGCCCUUUCUUCUAGUGUAAAAGUUUAGCACUAAAGCUUGGAGAGGUGGGUUUUUUGGUGGACCACAUUUAUAAUGUAUUGAAACUGGAUGAUUCUGAAAAUAUGGUGAUGGGGGAUUGUUUGUGGGCAGGGGCUGAUUUGCUGAUAAACAUGGUAAAUCACAUCUUAUUGAAACGUUCUUUACUGUAAUCAAGUAAAUUGAAGGAAAAAAUAUUGGAUAAAUAAAAAUGAUAGAUUUUCUCUAGUUUUGACAAUAAAAAAAAUUGCAUUCAUGCUUGUCAAAUUUACUAAAUGAACUAAAGGUUCUAUAAAUAUUCCAAAACUGAAAUUUGACAGGUAGACAUCAUGGUACUUGGUAAAUGGCUUAUUUACACCAUUAGCUACAUGUACGUAGUAGAUAUAGCUUAUAGUGACACCCACUGGUCAUUAUUUCCUUGUCUACCUAGGUUAUUGUAUGAAUCGUGUAUUGUUCAUAUUCUAGUAAAAUAGCGUUACGAGAGAUUUUGUCUGAUAAUUAUGUAGGCUUAACCACCUAUUGUUGAAUGCCUCCUCUGGUUAAUCAUUUGAGGAGCUCCUCACUAUACCUUAAUCUUGAAGAACAUUUCUGAAGAUUUUGUAUGAUUUCAAAGCAAGUGAAAAUGAUAUAUAUAUUUGACUGAGGUGAAACCUAUUGUACAGUAUAGGAAUGGCAAAUUUUAUUGUUAACCCUGAUAUUAACCAUAUUUAACUCUUACUGUGAUUUUUUCAUAUCUUUGUCUUCAUUUUAAUGAGAUUUAUAUACUUUAAUAUUGUCCAUGUUUUGAAACAAUGGCGUUUUGAAUGUGAGCUACAUUGUGUAACUGAUUUAAUGCUAGUCAAUAUAUCAUGAUCUUAUUUACAGUGUACACAUAUAUACGGCUGUUAGUGACUGUGUAUGUGAAAGAAACAUUUUGUGUAUGUAGGGAAUGUUCGUUUCAAUCACCAUUAAUCAACUUUUUCAUACAUCUUUCAUUUUGUGCAGUUUAUGUAAAAAAAAAGAAAAGGGAAAAGAUCGCACAAUUUCGAAUUUGCAAUACAUCUGUAUUUAAUUGUUGGAUAUGUUUGUGCAUUAUUGCAUUCUUUUUCUAAAUUAAACUUCUGGUAUGUAUAUGUAUACAUGUUUUUGAAUUUGUGCUAAAAGUUUUUGUUGUUGAUCUGAACAUGUGUACUUCUUAGUUAAUAGGUAAAUUAUUGUAUUCAAGCCUUUUCUUUUUAUUCAGAUUCACCCAUUAAUUAUCAGUGUAAAAGCUAGUGUUUUGGAAACAGAAAAACUCAAACUUAAUGAGAUAGAAAAUUUUCCCUGAUUUUUUUUUUGAGAAUUUUAUUGUUCUGCAAUUUUAAAAUUUUCUUUUAUUAGUGUGAAUGGUGAACUUGAUGUUGACUCCAGGAAAAUUGCUAUAUACCCCUCUUUUAAAACCCAGAAUCCCUGAACCGGAGAAAGAACUAUAAUUCACUACUGGGAGUAAGCCUUUGUUGCCUUGAUAUAUGUACAGUGUUAGGUAGGGGUAAGGAAUUUUUUUAUAUUCUUAUUAUUGUAAGGGAAUUUUUUUUAUUCUUAUUCCAUGUAUACAACAUGGUUAGUUCCUGUGACAGUACAUUUUAUAUUAACAUCAAUUUGUAGUCAAGAUAGUCACGAAGGCGGUAAGAAGUACACCUCUAAGUAAAAGUAGUUACAAGUCUACUUAGUUAUUAGUUAUUUUUAACUUCUUUUCAUUCUAAAGGUGCUCUACAUUGGAAGAAAACUUGUGUGACUAAUGUGAUACAUUAGCCGUCAGAUACGCAAUUCUCUCUGAAAUUGAAAUACCACUGAGGCUUUAAAACAAAGUGUGUAUUUCAUAUUUGUUUUGUUGGUGUCAGAUUACCUUCUGUAAGUAUUUGUAUUUUGUUUUAAAUGUGAUUUGAUUUUAAAUGUUUCUCAGGAAGAGAUUUGUUGAAUAUUUUCAGAAGUUCCGUUGCAUUUAUUGACGGUCAGUAAAAGGUAAAUACGUAGGUAAUAAAGAUUUGGUAUGUAAUGAUUUAUCUCGAGAUCUGAAGCCAUUUAUUUCAACUAUAAAAAAAUGUAACCUUUUUAUGUCAAAACCAACAGUUGAUUUCAAGCAUUUUAUUUUGAGUGGUUGUCUUCCAUUUUACUGCUACAUGUUGUAGUUUAUAUAAACUUAACAAAAUUUUGAGGCUAACCUUAAAAUUUUCAGAAGUUUGCAUCAUGCACAGAUAAUCUCAUGUAUAUACAGUACUUGUACUGUAUACUUAUUGAAAUAAUCUGUUAUUUUAACAUGGAAUUCAAAAUUUCUAGGGUCUUAAAUUCUAUGUAUUUACAUCCGAUCAUUAUAUGACUAGUAUUGUAUUAUGUAUUUGAAGAUUUACAUAUGCAAUUUUUCAUGCUCUUUUUUUUUAACUUUAAAAUUGUUAAUUGAAAUUACUUAUUUAAUUAUUUCAAAUUUCUGAUUUGUUUUAAACUUUAUGGGGGUUCCAGUUUGGUUGAACAUCAAAUUAGGUGUGGAUUGGCGUGCAUGUUUUCUCAAAUAUUCUAUUGUGAGAAAAGUGAAAAUUCAUAUUUUUGUCAGUUUUUUGGUACAAAUGUUAAUGUCAUCUACUUCACGAUUUCCUUAAUUUGAAUAUUAUAUUUAAAUGAGAUUGAGACACAAAUGUUUUUAAAGAGAAAUUCUUGUUUUAUCUCAGGAAUGUCGACACAAACUAUCUUCAUAUUAAAAGAAUGGAUGUUUGUGAAAAGAAAAAAGUAUUAGAAGAAGCUAAAAAAAUUUCAUAGAUGCAUUUUCAAAUUAAUCGUAAUUCAUUAAUAUGCGACAGCAGCUACAAAAAGUUAUAAGAAGUGAUCAAAGAUGUCUUGUAAUCAAUACAAUGCACAAUUUUGAAUCUGUUUUACCAACAAGUACCAGGUAUAAAGUAGGUGUGGGCUAUGUUAUAUAUGUUAUAUCUAACAAAUAAAGCAAAAUAUCUAUGAACCAAAGAUUAGUCUGUAAAGAAAACUUUUGUCAAUUUUUUGUACUUGGCUAACGAUUCUUUUCGAGUCAAUGUAACCAAAGCUAAUGUAUGGGUACAUAUUAUAUUUGACAGUAAAAAUGAACCAAAAAAAAAACCGGAUUUUUUUUAUUAUAGCGAUUGCAGAUGUUUAAUUCAUUUGAAGGAAAUAAGGUUUAUUUCAACGUUUGUACUUGUCAUGGGUUAAUAUGUUUUCACUUAUAUACUGGACUGUUGUAAUCUUUGAUGAGCUUACCCCUUAGUAAAAUUGUACACCUGCAGAAAAUGUUUUUGACUCCAAAGUAAACAAGGAGCACAUAUGCUGAUGAUAUCUAUUAAUAUCCUUUAUUAACUGUAUUUUUAAUUAUUCAUAUUGGUGCAGUUUUUGUUAAUUAUUUUUUUAUCUGUUAAUUGAAAUAUCUUGUUUUAAGAUGAAUCUGGUUUUAAAACACAUACAGUAUAUGUUUUCCUCAUAUUCCAACAUUCUGAAGUUUGAUAGCCAAGAAGACAUAAAUAUAAACAUUGCAUUUUUCAUACAAUAACUAGUGAAAUUUGGUACUGAUCUUAUUUUUCACAUUAAGAAGCUAAAACCUACUACAAGGUGGAAUCCCAAUAUUUAAUCUUAAAGAUUUUUUAAUAUUAAAGAUUUUCUGUUUAAGUAAAAUUCUGAAUAAAACAAUAUAGAUAAGGAGAGGUUAAGAUUCACCACACAGGUGGAAGGCUCUCAGAAUAACAGGAUUGUCAAAAACAGAGGUUAAGAAGUAUCUGUGAUGCUAUUACCGGUUUUAUAGCAGAAAGGAGACUGUAUUACAAAAGUUGUGAUUUAUUGAAAUGCCUUUGUCUUUAAUAUAUAACAAAUAUGCAGUCUGUGUUAGUAUAAAGAGAUCUGUCUCCAAAGAUGGAAGUGACCUCAACAGACUCAAUUGUUAGGUAGAAAUUCAAAUGUUUGUCAUAAAAUUUGAGGUACUAUUGUAGUUGCCUUAUUAUAGUAUAAUGGUAUGUUACAGUACAGCAUUCCAGAUAAAAUCCAUACAGAGACAUUUACUGUUGAAUUUCAGGGUUGCCACUAGGGAAUAGAUGUACAUACAAAUGUACUUAAUUAUUGUUAAUUAGUUACAUUUAGAAACAGAGUUUCUAUACAAGGGUUCAACAAUACCAUCAAUUAUUACAAUAUUGAUUUUUGACACAGCUGAUUUGACAAGUUAUAAAUUAAGUAGGUAGAUUAUAUGUAAUCUGUUUUAUUGCUUGUGUUAAAGGAUUUGCCAAGAUUCUGUUUACUGACCGUUGAGUGUGUUUUGUGUACUUAUGUGACAUGGAUUGAGUCUAGGGGUAACAUGGUCAUAUGGCACUGAACGGGGGCUCAUCAGCUUGAUAAGGUCAAUGGCAUUGAACGGGGGCUCAGCUUGUCAAGGUCAUGUGGCACUGAAUGUGGGCUCACCUUAUCAAGGUCAUGUGGUUCUGAAAAGGUAUUCAGCUUGUCAAGGUCAUGAAGCAUUGAAAGGGGUCUCACCUUGUCAAAGUUAUGUAGCACUGAAUGUGGGCUUACCUUAUCAAGGUCAUGUGGUUCUGAAAGGGGAUUCAGCUUGUCAAGGUCAUGUGGCACUGAUGGUGUGUUGUAACUAACCAAGAUCAUGAUUGAAGAGCGCUCCAUGCACUUUCAUGUGAUGCUGGCUAAUCCUGCCUGUUCAGGUCAUUUAACAGUGAUUGAUGCCCUCCUUCUUUUCAAAGCUAUGAUGUAGUCCAAUCCUCUUGUACUACAAUUGGUAAAUCGAUGCUGGUGCUGCUGUAGUUAAAUGUAUGUGGGCAAGUUACAGUAUGAUGUUAGAAUAAGGAGGUAUCAUUGGCCUAAGUAAUGCCUUUACUGUUGUAGGUUUGUACUGAGGUUUGGUACACCGACAAUUCUAGGCUAGUUGUUUGGAGAAUCUGAUAUGUGUUAGGUAGAGUCUCUGUCCAUGUAUGACUGAUGUGCAUUAUAUACUUAAAAAUUUAUGAACCUGUAUUUUACUUCCCCCUAAAUUGUCUGAAGAAGGAAGUGGUCUGUAAUAUUUGUCAAGAACCAGGUAGUUAUAUCUUUGUGAUUGUAGCCGACAUUUAUAGUAUAAUGAAUGUCAUGUAACAUUAGAAUAUAGGUAGUGGAGAAUGUAUUGAUAUACAAUUAUAUGUACUGUAUGUUAUUGUAAACUGUGCCAAACUUUUAUUUGCAAGCUUUAAGUUAAACUUAAAUGUAUACUCUAAAAUAAUAAAAAAUACUAAUAUCUCAUGAACUUAACAUAUAACCCAAGUUCUUUUUAUUUGCUAUAAUUAGAGCUAGUAUAGGUAAUCUGAACUCAGCAUUUAACCAAUUACUGGCUUUAAAAGCUUUUUUGUGACCUGCAGCUAUAGGUCAAGCAUUUUGGAUGAAGUAUGUUUGAUUUUGCAAGAAUCACUGUACCUAUUGGGACGUAGAGUCCAGUACUUAACAAGCCAUCAACAAAAACAAUUCUUGUGUUAUGGUCAAGCCCAUUGUUUUCAAGUUAUGGAAUCUGAUGCAUUUUCAUGUUUUGUUUCGUGACUAGUAAUAGGAUGAAUAAAUGUGUAUGCAAUUAAGAAAGAGAAGAAGAUGGCUGAAGGCGUAUGCUACAAGCUAAUACAUCAUGGUGAAGAAUAUUAAUAAUUCAAUUAUAAUGCAAAUUAGUUAUGAUUGCAUAAUUAUAAAAAGAAAAUAUGAAGAGUAAUACUGCUUUAUUUGCACUGUGACUUACAUGACAUCAUACAGGUUGAACACUGUACACCUGUCAACACAAAGCUUGUAUUAGUCCAUAUAUGUACAGGAGGAUUUUUAUCAUCUCCUCUGUCAAUCAUCUUGUGUAUUAAUUAUUUAGAAAUUAUUGUGUGAAAUCAUGAUAAAAUAUCUUGUUUAUGUUAUUCAUUGCAGCAAACAUUUUUUACAAUAUCUCCCAAAUUUUUUUCUUCAAAACCAGUAAUAAUCAGAACAUGUACUUGGGUGUUUUUAUUCAGACAUGUUGGUUGCUUAUAAUCCCCACCCAUUUUGCAUAUGAGAGAUCUGUAGAUGUGUGUCAAGGUACGCCUGUAAAAUAUAUACUGUAGCCAGUUCUAAUGUGGCAUCUGGCGACACCAUUGUAACAUAAUCACAUAGCUCAAUGAAUAUUCAGCAUAAUACAUACUGUAUAUUACAGUCAACCUUUAAUGAUCUGACACCAUUUUGGACACAACACUAGAUCGUACUAGCUUAUACAUUUUCGAAGGUCUGUAAACUUAAAUUAGACAAGAUUGAUUGUAUGUGAGCUUCAAGUGUUGGUUUAACACUGAAAUGGAGUUGUAAAAUUACCAAUGAUUUUAUUUGGACAAUGAAUAUAUGUUUUCAAUAUCUUGUCAUAACUGCUACUUUAUCAUUAUAUGGAUUAGUUUGAGAACAUGUAUUUGACUGUUGAAGUUCACUCCUCCAAUAGUGUUAUCUGUUCAUGAUGUGUUACUAUUGCACUCAUGACUUAUGAACUUGAUACAUGAACAGUGUAUAUAGUUAUAUGUCAUCAUUAGUACUUACGACACAUUGCCUGUACACUUAAUUAAUAUCAUUUUGAGUGUAAACAUUUUGCCUGGUCAUGUCUAGUUACAAUGUAUUAACACUAGUUACAUUGUAUGUAGUUAGUGUAAUGUUACAAUGUAUCAAAUUCCGUUUAAUUACAAUAUAUCUAAUUAAGUUUAGUUACAAUGAUGCAAUUGUAUCAGAUUUAGUUUAGUUACAAUGUAUCUAAUUAAGUUUAGUUACAAUGUUACAAUGUAUCUAAUAAAGUUUAGUUACAAUGUUACUAUUCACCACUAGUUACAGUAUACGUUUCCAACUUGAGUUACAAUGGUUAUUAUGGAGCUUUCAGAUGUCACUAGUUACAAUAUAUCUACAAUGCAGUUGAUUUCAGCUACAAGAAUAGUACUAAUGCAAUAUUCAACACUAGUUGCAAUGUAUCUAGCUAAUUUCAGCAACAUGAAUAGUAAUAAUGUGAUAUUCAGUACUAGUUACAAUGUGUCUAUAACUAAGUUUAGUUACAAUGUUAUAGUCAGCACUAGUUACAUUUCAUUUGCUCCCAGUGAUACUGGUACAUUGUUGAUAUCUUUUAUUUCAUUAUAUUAAUUGAUCUAAAAUGACAGUUAGUAAACAUGAUUACAACAUUAUGAUGAGAUAAUUGUACCAGUAGCCAACACCAGGACAAUGUAAUUAGACAACACUAGGAUGAUGUCAAUAGACAACACUAGGACGAUAUCAAUAGACAACAAUAGGACAAUGUCAAUAGACAACACUAGAACGAUGUCAAUAGACAACAAUAGGAUGAUGUCAAUAGACAACACCGGGAUGAUAUCAAUAGACAACACUAUGAUGAUGUCAAUAGACAACACUAGGAUGAUGUAACCAGACAACACUAACUAUAACAGAAUAACUAGAAAGCAGUGUAACUAGACACUAGGACAAAUGUGAUCACUCAUUUACCACCGCAUGUAUAUGUAUUGGGCUUUCAUGUCACCCACUUGUAAUUUGUUCUAAACAAUAAAUGCAAACCUGAUAUA